GGAUAUACUUAUAAUAAUCUACUUCUUAGAAGUCGACCUGAAAUUUUAUUGAGUCCAUGUAGAUUGCGCCUUUUAGAUAGAAGAAAAUGACGUUCGGAGAUAUGUUUUAGUGACAUUUAGGGUUGUUUCAAAAAAUGGCGUGUGGUCGAUUUUCCGGUGUUUCUCUAUCCACUCCGGGAACCGAUUUGCCACCGGGUGGUGGAUUCGAUGAAGAGGACGAUAAACUGCUGAUUACAAACAUUCCUAGCAAUGUUAAACUUUCUGAUAUUCAAGACUCCCUUGGUUGCCAGGAUAUUCAAGCAGCUCACCCUGUGAAGCUUAUAAGCUACCCAAUUCGUCCUGGUACUGCGCUUGUGAAAUUCCAUACGGCAUCUGAUCGCUACAAAUUACUAAGUAAGAAUUCUCCAAGAAAAACAUACAACAUAAAAGAGGUUCCAGUGACUAUUGAAAGGUUCCCAGUUCAGAUGUUUAAAGUCGUGAAAGCUGAAAUAUCUAGAACCAUCACAUCUGCGUUGUCUGACUACCUAUGCAACUAUAUUAAUGAACGAACGGGCUUGGUGUUGUACAACAACAGCAGCAAUACAGGUCUGCAACUUGUCGGAUCUUGGUACCGUGUUAAAAGUGCAUAUGCCAUUAUCCUCAAAACAAUACAGCAUAUGACAGAAAUGCCCCACGAAGUCCAAGUGUUUGACGGAUUAACUGCCUCUGCUGACCAAUGGUUACAGUUAAUGAUGGAUGAUGGAAGCGAUAGAUUGCAAAAAUUGGCAUCUGAAACGGGAAUAGAUAUAUCAUUAAAAGAACAAGAGUUGAUAUUUCAAGGAUCUUGGGAUGGAAUGAAACAUUGUUACAAUGUAUUAGAGGAACAAUAUAAAAUGUAUCAAGAAAAGGCAUUGGAAAAGACGUUUCAGACAAAUGCAAGAUACGAAGGAAAUGAAGAAGGCUAUCGUUCAGAAAGAAACGAAGUUGCCCCUGUGCACCGGCAGAGUAACUUCAGCCGUACAACUGGUACUGGAAAUCGUGAUACUAGUAAUCAAACCCCGAUUGUGAAAACUGAAGUCAUGAUUCAAUCAAAAACGGCGGACAUGGAAUGGAGAGACAUGAACAAACAACAAAGUGAUGGGCCGUCGGCAGAAUUUCAAGAAGAAACUGUAACAGAUGAAGAAAAGAAUGAUAGCAGGGAAUCAGUCCACAACAAAGCAAGUCGACAGCAAAAAACACAUGGUUGUUAUAGGAAGGAAAAAAGCGAUGAUAUAUUUAAACAUGAAGAUGCCACAAUUCAAGAAAAUAGAAGUUCAACAAGAAAUGAACAGAUAAAAUCUAAAGACCGUAUUCGACUGAUGAGCCCAGGUAUGUUAGGAGAUUACUUUGUAAACGAAAAGUCUACAAAACCAGGAAAUGUCUAUAGGAAGAAAGAUGAGAAAUGGGAAGAAAAUGCACAUCCACAUGCCUCUACAAGCGCUGGUGGGAAAUUGUCUGAAGAAGAGAAGUUUGUUUCAAAAAACAAGAAAGAUAUCAAUCAAGAUAAAGUUCAAUUGGACACUCGUCUGGAACAACUAAAACAAAAACAUAAUGCGGAAAUAAAAGCAUUAAAAAGGGAACGUGAUAAAUUAAAAUUAGACAUGGAUGAUGUAAAGCACAAACUCCUUGCUAAAGACGGAGAAAUAAAUUACUGGCAGGAACAGCUUCAUGAGAAAACGGAAGAAAGAAAUCAAGAAGUUAAAAAGCUUGAACAACAACUUCUUGACGAAAAGGAAGAGAAAGAUACUACACUCCAACGCCUUUCGAAUGCCACAACUGAAAAAGAUAAGCUUCGAAAUCAGCUUGGCGAUAGGGAUCGAGAAAUUAAAAAUCUUGAGCAACUGCUUCUUGAUGAAAAAGAGAAACACAGUCUUAGUAAACAGCAGUUCAUGAAUGUUAACAAAGAGAAAUUUAUACUCGAACAACAACUUCACGGUCAUUGUACUAAACAAGAGUGUGUAAAUGUUCACAGAGAGAAAGUUAAGCUUGAACAACAGCUCAUUGAUAUAAAAGAAAAUAACAUUUCUGUUCAUGGGCAACUCGUAGAUGCCAAAACUGAAAUUCAUAGACUUGGUCGUGAACUUGCUGAUAAAAAUGAAGAAAUUGCUCUUCUUGAUGUUAAAAAUGAUACAGAUGAAGUCAAACAUGAAUUGAAACCAAGAAAUAAGUUGGAAAGUGGUGUAUUUCAAAAUCGUCACUGUAUUGAAAUUGACACGGAUGAAUCUGUUCAUCAUGAAAAUAUUUCACAAAUUUCGAUUGUGGGAAAUCCAGUUAAAGGUACCGAAGGACCCAGUGCAAAUGGAAUUGCUAGUAAAGACAAGAAUCUUUCAUCGGGAGGAGGAAACAAUGGGACAGCCAAAAAAUCAAAUUCAAUUGAAAGCAAAGUUCAAAGAAAGAAAACCUCAGAUGCAACUGAAAAUCAAAGAUCAAGCAAGUCUUCUCUUAGUUCUGAUUCGGAGUCAUAUAUGGAUGCCCAAGAAGAACUAAGUAUACCUAGGUCCAUUUCUUUAUCACCCAACAAAGAUGUAGAUGUAAAUAACCUUUCGGCGACUACCGAAACUGUAUUCGCAUCGUUCAAAGAAGCAAAUUCGGAUAAAAGGGAGUCAAAGACAUCUAAAGUCCAGUCUGAAACCGGAACAAAGGAGGUACUCGAGAAGCAGUCAGAAAAACAUCAAUUAGAAUUGCAAUUGGAAAGAAUUGUAUUGAAAUAUCUCCGAAAGAAGAAAAAAGAACAGUUAAAGGUGAUCAGAGAAAACUAUGAUGUGACAUUUAACAUAACAGACGGUGAUCAAUAUAGCACCUUAACAGUGUUACCGGGCAAAGGAAAAACACCCCAGAUUCAGAAGGGAUAUGACGCAUUGAUAAAUACAUACCAGGAUUUGGCUUUCACUACGUCACAGGAUAAAAUAACGGUUUCUCAUGAAGACCUUAAAGAUAAUUCAAAGGUACAAAAAAUAGUCAAGGAUUCUCAAGCUACAGAGAUUCUCAUUCACAUAAAUGACAACGUUAUAGAAAUAAUGGGACCGAAAGGGAAGAUCCAAAAGGCAAUGUUUGAUGUUAAGAAAGCACUCGGAUACAACAUGAAGACUCGAGAAGAAGAGGAAAAUGAAUUGGAUAGUGAAGAAAAUAAGGUUGACUUGCGAUCCGGUCGUCAACUUUCAGUUCCCCGUGAAACAUCAUUAAUUUCACCUGGUAAUCUUAACUUUACAACUACUGAGGGAAUCAAAGUAUCAGUCUACAGAGGGGACAUAACGUUGCAGACAACACAUGUCAUAGUAAAUGCUGCCAAUAGCCGCCUAAAUCAUGGAGGCGGGGUUGCGGGUGCAAUUGCAAAAGCAGGGGGAUACAAGAUACAGAAGGAUAGUGACGACCUCAUGAAAAACCGUAACCAUAAGCCUCUCGAUGUGUCGGAAGCAGUAUAUACUACAGUGCCUAAAACGAACAACUUGAAAUGCAAAUAUAUCGUACAUGCAGUUGGGCCUAGAUGGGAAAGAUAUCCUGACAAAGCGAGAUGUCGUGAUCUGUUGACCAGGACAUUUUACAACAGUUUAGGAACAGCAAGCUCAUUGAAGGCAAACUCUGUGACGAUUCCUGCAAUAAGUUCAGGCAUAUUUGGAGUCCCACGAGAUGUUUGCGUGGAAUGUAUGUUUACUGCGGUAAAAUCGUUUAGCCAGGACAAGGGCAAAAAGACAACGUUAAAGGAUGUGAGGUUCGUCAACAUAGAUGAAGAAACAACCAAUGAUAUCAUAACAGGGUUUAAGAAAUUCCUUGGGUAUACACAUAAGAAUACAUAUGAGCCAAUCAAAGAACCCAGCCCGGAUAUGUAUGAAACAUCAAACCAAGAUUAUGGUAAAAGCAGCGAAAGUUAUGCAUCGAUAACACAAUCAAUUGGUGGCGCACGUUCAAAAACCACUAGUACGCAUGGGCACCCCACUCCUCGACCAACCCCAUGUGUACAAUGUGAUGAUGGAACACCUGGGAAGAUACAAAUGGACUGUAAUCACUGGUAUUGUUACCCAUGUAAAGACCAUUUGGCGAAAGAUCUGACCUUGAGAAACUGCAUUAAGUGUGCUAAAAGUCCCGAGGGAAGCACGUCAGUUGACGACGUCAAAGAAGAAGACAAGUGCAUCAUCUGUUUAGAGAAGAUGAUUAAACCGAAGAUGCUGGAUAAAUGCGGCCAUUCAUUCUGCACCAGUUGUAUCGACAAGUGGUUGAGGGAAGCAAGGCCACAAUGCCCAGUGUGUGGUGCCUCGUAUGGUAAACGUAAGGGGGAUCAGCCAAAAGGGGGGAAAAUGACUACAACUAGAUAUGCGUACAAGUCACUUCCCGGAUUUGAUAAAUGUGGCUACAUUGAAAUAACAUACAACAUACCCAGUGGAAUACAAGAGCCAAUCCAUCCAUCUCCUGGAAAGACAUAUCGUGGCGUCUACUGGACUGCCUAUCUUCCAGAUAACAAAGAAGGGAAUGAGAUCCUUGGGUUGUUAAGGAAAGCCUUUAACGCGCGUUUGAUUUUCACUAUUGGUCAAUCAAGAACACGUGGUACUGAAAAUAUGGUCACGUGGAAUGAUAUCCACCACAAAACAAAAAUCGAUGGAGGACCAUUUGGUUAUCCUGAUCCAAGCUACCUUAGAAGGGUGCGAGAAGAGCUGGAAGACAAAGGUAUAAAGUAA